GUGCUGGUGUUAUUUUCGUAUCUAUUUUCCGCUUACUUUCAUGACUCAUACGGACGAUGUACGUCAUCGUAGUUUGUCACGUGCUGAACGCCAAUCUUUACGUUGGAAUCAGACGUCCAGCAGACGACAACAGAUUCCAAGAUAUUCAAACUCUCUCGCGGUAGCUGACACUCGCCAACGCAAGUGUGAAACUUGUGGGCAAUGGUUUUCAAACGUCCACGAUAUGCGUAGACACAUAUCACUUACACAUACAGGAAGGAAGCCCGUAGUUUGUGAGAUAUGUGGGAAGCGUUUUGGAAAUACGCAGCAAAUGAUGGCCCAUUACAAAACUCACAGAGAACCGAGGCUUGAAGAAUUCUCAAUAUUGAAAAAACGCAGACAACCGGAUGUAGUAUCCGAACCUAGUGAAAGUUCGCAGACGACAAUCGGUACAUACCACCGUGUACCAAAAACUCUAAAAAGCUAUAUUUCUGGAUUUUCCGAUGACAGAGUUUCGUUUGGUACUGGACAGAGUUAUAAAGUCAGCCGUGAGACAGAUUCUGCAACUAAAGAUAUUAGUGGUAAAUAUUUAAAAUCAGCGAAAAGUAAUAAAUUACCAAAAAUAGAACAAGUCGCGAAAACAGAUGUUAUUCAUAAAGCCACCAGCGAUAGAGAUUCUGUAACCUUACCGAAAAUAAACAAAAAGUCAGGCAUUCCUACACCUGACCCCAGUCAUAUAUCUACAGUAGACAAUGUAAUGGGUUUAACAAAAUUAAUUGAAACCAGUCAAGAAUCUUUAAAAUUUUGGGUUUAA